UUGUUUUUCAUGUUCACCUUUCGCGGUAUAAAAACCCCAUGACAAAAAAGUUCUCUCACACAAACCUUUUCAGUAAACUUCGAAACAACUUCUGCAACACAAUGAUAGCCUUCAUUACUUUGUCUACGCUCUUGGCCGUCGUCAGCGCCCAGUACCCGUACCAAGGACAUCAACAAGGAUAUCAGCAACCAGCUCCAGCAUACCAACAGCCCGCACCUCAACAAGCUCCAGCUUACCAACCCCAGCCCCAAUCUUACCAGCCUCAACCAGCCUAUGAGCCUCAGCCAGCUUACCAGUCCACUCAGCCCAAGCCAAACAGAGUUUACACUCCAGCAGCAGUUCACUAUGUGAACAUAGGUGCUGAAUUGGCCGGAGACUACAAGUUCGGCUACGACACUGGUAAGGGUACUGAUGGCCAGAGCUUCAGGGAAGAGACCAGACUUCCUGACGGAACCGUUCAGGGUGCCUAUGGGUACGUCGAUGGAUCUGGCAAACAAAGGAUCAUCAAGUACACAGCUGGCAAGAAUGGGUUUCAAGUCGAAGGCGAUGGUAUCCCGAAAGCCCCAGCAGCGCCUGCCCCGGCGCCAGCUGCCCAGCCCCAGCCUGCUUAUAACGCUUAUGGGGGUAAUCCUAAUGCCUACCGUGCUGGUGGUUACCACUAAUGAAGAACUUGAGUUUACUACAGAUGUUGAGGUACUGGGUCUCAGAAGUACAUGAAAACUUAUCGAUCAGAAGAUCUCAACACAGUUCUAAUCCUGUAAACUUUAUGAAGACGAACUACGAUCUGAAUAUAUUUAUAACUAUACAUUUUAUUUAAAAUUUAAUAAUAUUACAAAAAUUUAGAUUCUGUUCUGAAAAGCCGAACACUUUCAGAUAUCUUGCUAUUAGUGUAAAAGAUUUAUUUAUUUAGUAUUAUUUUUUUCUUGCAGUUUUACGGAGCUUUUCGAAUGCUAUGAAAAGAAACUUUACUAAAAGCAAUGAGGCUAUCAAAAAGAAAACAAUUUCGAUAAGACGAUAAAAAAUUAGUAAAAUAAAGAAAAUAUGCACCUAAAUAGUGAACGAAAAUUUUAAAGCCUUAUUCACUUAUAUAUAUUAUAAAAUCCAUGCAUGAAUUUCAUUGAUUUGAAAUUAUUGUUUCUGUAGAAUAUCUUUUAUACAUCACAAAACCAUGUGCCAAAGAUUAAAUGCUGUGGAUAUGCAUUAAUGUAAAACUUCAAAUUCUUUUCCAGCAAUUUAUCUAAGUUAUUAAUUCUAGUCUGGUAUUAAGAAAACGUUAUCUUAAAUUGUUAAUGAUCUGAUACUACAGUCUAUGACCGUCAUUUUGAAUUACUAAAAGCAAAAAAUGAUUGUAAAUCUAAGCAUGAAAGAUAAAUUGUUAAUUACCUAAUUCUUUUAAAAGUAUUAUUAAUCUCCUAAAAAGAAUACUGUGAUCUACAUAUAAAUAAAUGUGCUUUGUUGUUAAUUGUUUGUAUAUUGGAAAAAAUAAAAGGUAAUUCUUAGCCUGA